AUGCGGUCCAGGGCGCUGGACCUCUCGUCGAGCUUCUUGACGUUCAUGGCACAGCAUGCGGUUGCGAGACGCGGUCAAGCAAGUCCCACCGCCAAAGGCGUGUAUGCCUGCCUGCCUGGCUGGCUGGCUGGUGCGCGUUCCGCGUGCAUGGACGACAAGGCGGGCGCACGCACUGCCUGGCAAGCCACGUGGGUAGCGUGCUGUAGCCCGCCCGCUCUCCCUAUCCAUGUGCGGGCGCACUUGUGCGCCCGGGCCGCGAGCAGCGAGCGUAGCGAGCCUGCUGUGAGGACGCGCAGCGGCCGAGCCAUGCAUGCUCGGUAUACCUAGGUAUAGCAAUCAUUCGUGAUGCACGCUUCAGCACAUCCGUGUUGCGCCAAAUCCAGCAGCAUGCACGCACGCGCACGCAUCCACCACAUGAACGGCAGCUGCCACACCAUCACAGAUCACGAGUCGGAUCCACCAUCACUUCGGCUGUCAUCGGUUGGACACACAACCAUUUGAUCAAAAACGCUGCUGUGAGUCUUCUCUAGAAGCAAGAGUUCGGUGUAGUUCCAAACCAAUCCCUCACCCCGUACGUCCGCUGAACUUCUCAUCCCUGCCAUGCGCAGUCAGUCAAGAUGGCCUUUCGCGCGAGCAAGCUAUUAUAUCAAGCGAGCGGAGCCAGCGGAGUCUCCUCGAGCCUGUCCGCCCAGCCCUUCUCCUCAGCGCACAAAUCCUACGUUCAAGGACUGUACCGUCGCUACCUCAAGAACGAGCUGGAUUGGGUGAUUAGACGGGAUAUUUGGAGAGACAGGGCGAUCGAAAUUAGAGCAGAGUUUGAGAGGGCUAGACAUAUCAGAAACCCUAGGGAAUUGGCUAGCGUGCUCGAAAAGGCGGAGAAGGACUUGUUGAGCAGAGCUCAUCCGGAUCCAUAUAAACGUAAGUGGGAAGGCAUUCUCGUGGAUCAGGGCAGUUGGUGCCAAUGCUAGCCUACGAAUCGCGGAAGAGAUCUCUGGUCGUUAUCUUUCAGCGUUGCCGGGGUAUCACACGCACGUUGCCAGAUUGCAGUGUCUUGUGCAGCAACUUGCAGGCGCUAUGUCCACCCGAUAGGCAUCUUCUCUGAAGAGUCCGACCUUAUGAGUCAUCUUGAGCUGCCCAGCUGACCCCUGUGUGCCUGAUCCUACGCAUAUACGCUUCUUACAGCUCCCCUGGCAGAAGAUGGGACCAAGUGGUGCGUACAAGGCUUGCAGCAUGAUCCUCUGAGAGGAUGGCCAUCUCUGACUUCAUUGCCUUCUUGCGCCAUUCCGCUCCUGUGCACUCCUAACACGCAACAGGGAGCGCAAUAUCCCUGUGGGUGUUUGAACCCAGUCUUUGACUCUGCGCUCCAGUAACAUGAAAGACUGAUCCGGUCAUUGCCCUUUCAACGUACAGCCUCGCAUGUUCACCAAGGCCGAAAAGGAAGCUGCUUUGGCGGGCCACUAA